ACAGACAGACAGACAAAGAGACAUCUCUCUGUCACAUUGGUCAGAGGCAUGCAACUGCAGUGCACCACUGGAUGACAGCGGAUACCACCUACUCACAUGCAAGACCGGUGGAGGCCCUAUUUGGUCUCACGAAUCAAUUGCUGGGGUGUGGUCUGAGUGCCUUAGGAGCCUCCAAAUCCACCAUCGACGGGAGCCAAGGAACAGAUAUGUCACUUCAGAUUGCAGGCCUGACAUUGUCAUGUUCGAUUCUGAAUCAGCUUCCAACCUCGACCUCGACAUCUCUCUAGCCCACCCUUGGAGUGCGGAUGCAUUUCCAAGCUCUGCUGAUAGAACAGGCGUCGCUGCUAAACAACGUGAGAAUAGGAAGGCGGCAAAAUACAGCCAACAAAAGCUCCCUGGGACUUCAGUUCUCAAAGCCAUCCCCUUGGUAUUCGAACAUUUCGGUGCAUGGGGAGAAGAGGCCAGGAACUUCUUGCGAAAGCUAGCAGCUUUCUCAUCAGACGAAGUUGGUCAGCCAAACGCACCGGAAUUUGUGGACUUCUGGCGUAAACGAUUUUCAGUGCAGCUGCAAAAGUGCAACGCACGAGUCAUUCAGAAGAAAUUGAAUGUGUUGUGUGGUGGGUGUCAGAUUCCCGAGUCACUCAGCACUCAAUUCUUUUAUCAUUAGUGUACUUUUAGUUGUCUCUUUUGCCUCAGAAUAUAUGUAUACACUUACCUAUGAACACUAUAAAGCAUUUAGCUUUAGCCGAGUAGUUUCUGCUGUGAUGUAUGAUAGUGUGAUUGUAAGAAAUAAAUGAUUCUUUGACAGGCAGACAGACAGACAGCUAGAUAGACAGACAGACGGACAGACUGACGGGCAGACAAAUAGACAGACAGACAGACAGCUAGAUAGAAAGACAGACAGACAGACAGACAGCUAGAUGGAAAGACAGACAGACAGGCAGACAAAGAGACAGACAGACGACAGAUCGACAGACAGACAUAAAGACAUGUAGACUUAUCGGAAAGACGCACUCACAGCUGAGCAUGGACACAAACCGGAUCACUUGAAGGAGAAGGAGUGCACUUGUAUUUCUCUCUCUGAGAUAUUCUUGUUA